CGCAACAUGCCUCUCGCGCCAGGUACGGUCGUCGUGUGGCUGGCGCUAGGCGUAGCGGUGCACGCGCAACAGGCGCGACCCGUAUACCGACCAGCACCUCAGCAGGGCCAACAGGCAAAGCUGCGUCCCCUGCCUGGACAGCUGCGCUAUCAGUCUCUGCAGUCCUCGCCGCAGAUACAUACGGAACCAGCGCAGCUACAUACCCAACUUCCGCAGCACCCUCGGGUGCCUCAGUCUCGCCCACAGCUCAUACGGCAGGCUACAGGGUCGGUCAAGUACGAUUCUCUGCUGGCCAGCUCACAGCCACUGCGCCAGGUGGCAUUGCCGCCCAAGUACGACGGAUUGCUGUCGACGGGGCAACUGUUGCAUCAGCCCGCCGUGUCGGCCAAAUACAACCCUCUGCUGGCCUCGCCCCAGUCGCUGCGACAGCCAGCCGGCCCACUCAAGUACGACUCGCAGUAUGCGCCGGCACAGUUGCUGCAACAAAGUGUCGUGUCUCCCAAGUACGAAAUAGCGUCCGACGACCAUUUCCCCGGAGGCUUCCAGCGGUACCAGUAUGCGUCGAGGCCCGUCGAUGUGGGUUACACGCCUAGCUUCGCUAGGAAGACACCUUACUACAGACAACAUUACUCGCCCUCGGGCGAGUACUACCAGAAGCCGCACUACAGUUAUGCUCCAGACCAGGAAAUGCUCGAAGUGCAAAAGGAGGUUCUGGAGCUGGUCGAGCCCCUUCAUAAGGAGGACGGGAUGUUCCCGCAGAAGAACCGCAGCUCCAUGUACGCGCUUCUGGUGCCUCUCAUGCUGCUAGGCAUCAGCAUUCCUGCGAUCGGCUUCAUGUACACCUAUCUCAACCGGCGUCGCAGCUUCGGUCGAUCCUACACCGACGCCGAUGCCUGCUCGUUGCUGCCCAGCGAUGAAAUCCUCGACUGCUACAUGAAAAUAUUCCAGCGCAGCCUCGAGUGUUUCCACAAGAAAUGCGAAUGAUAAUAUGCGCAGAUCUCGCCUAAAAAGGACAAUUUACAUACGAAUUUCAUAAUCGUGGAUUUGUUACCAUCGGUAGUCAUUAAAACAUCCUCGUUGAAAAAGAAGGCUCUGUCCAAUCUUGAGUAUCAGGUUUCUUCGACCUAGUCUGUUAGGACAACAAAUGCUGUUUACCAGCUGUCUGGAGAGAUAUGAGGAAGUAGGCAGAAGGUAACAGCAAAACUGAGUGACAAACAAUGAAAGCAUCUCUCGAGAAAGCUCAACCGACAACAGUGACAGUUCCUGGCCAUCUGCCACACAGCCUAAUUCCUGAGAGCUGCUCUCACUUAUCAGUACCACCAAUAUUCGAAGAUAAUAUGAGUUAUAAAUAUUUUUUCUGUUUCACAUUAAGGUUCAUCGCUCCUACAGCCAGGGGCAAUGAGAAUCUUGCACUGAAACUAGCUUAUAGUACUGAAUCCCUCCGUUCCUUUAAAGAUAUUAUAGAUCACAGCUGGUAGCCCCCAGGAACAAUGUCUGUUGGACAACUCACGUUUGUGACUUUUGAGAAUCCCAGCAAACACUUUCAUUGCUUCGACGUGAAGUUAGUUUAACUUAAUUCUUAACAGUUCUUCCACUGGACACCGGUUUUGUAGAGAUGGUAAACAAUUGCUCAUUUUGCUAAAGCCUGUAAUGUCUGGUACAUCUUGUCGUAUUCAAGAGGAGCAGUAGUAGCAAUCAUAUUGGACUUCAUUUGACUAAAAGAAAUCUAAUGAUGCUGUGGUGACUUCCCUCAUGAGGAUAUCUGGAACCCGUCCUGACAGACUCGGCGCGAUUUCCUGACUUAAGAGUAGAGGGAAAAACACUCGAAAGACUGAAACCCUUCUUGAUUUGGACGUCAUCUUCUUAUCUGUAUUUCAUACAAUCACUGCUUAUUUAUUUAUUUAUUUGUAUUAGUAUAUUGUACCUAAAUGUACUUUAUUUGUGUGAUAUGAAAAUACAAAUAUUUAUGAUAGAACAGAAUACGCUGCCUAUUAUCGUCGAUGAUGUUGACUUGGUCGUAUGAAACACGCUGUGCUAAACA